AUGAUGUUAUAACUUCUCUUUACAGUUGUUGUGGAGUUCGAAGUACAGUAGGUCUGGAUUUUUAAGUAGACCUACAAAGCUCAAGAAGAAAACAUCUAUAGAUUUAUAUUUUUAUGUCAUCUUAUCAAUGGUAACAUUGACCCCCUAAACUCAGCUUUUCAUCAUGCCUCUCCUCAACAAGAAACCUUUCAUUCGAAGGGAGCCUCCGCCAAACUUACAGGACACUGAUACGGUUUUUUACAGCGAUAUCACCAAUGAAGUGUUUACUGAUUAUGAAGAUUACUGGGCAAGGUUAGUCCUCUGCCAUGCUAUGGUUUGGACUUGUGAAUUAACUGGACGUCCAAACUUGACAUAUGCAGAAGCUGUGGAAAGUGAAAAUAGGGCAAGAAAAUGUCUUGCCAAUGUUCCUGAGGAAUUACGAAAGCCAAUGUUGUACAUAGCAACCUUAACUCGCCGAGGACGUUACGUUGACAUGAGUGAUGAUGUGUUCAAUUACAUUCGUGACCGUUACUUUGUUGGAGAAGAGGUUGAGGCAAUUGUCAGGAAGCACUGGUAUGACUGUAAGGUCCUAAGGAUUAUCUACCCAACAGAGGAAGAAAUAGCAGCCUAUGAAGCAAAAAUGGCAGAGAGUGAUGAAGAAGACAAUGAUGAAAAAAGUGAUGAUGGCAUUGAAAUCACUGCAGAAAAGCUUUCACCACAGAAAAUCGAUGAUGACAUCGAGAUUGUAAAAGUUGUCAGCAAAAAGGAGGAGAAACCAAAGGAGGUCAAAAAGAAAGACGAGGAUGAAGAUUAUCCACCAUUUGCCACUUUUAAGUACGAAGUAAUUGAGGUUGAACCCUGGGAUCACUACCAGCCUCAGAAACACAUCGUCACUUGGGAGCAAAUUCGACGUAACAAAGGUGUCUUGACAAGAGAAAAGUGCAAAUUAUUUCUUAAGCAAGUUGUCCAGUUAUCUCCUGCAGGCUUUUGGUGCCUUAAGGAUAAAGUUAUUAAAAAAUACGAUUUGGAGAACACCCAGUAUUCCGAUAUCUUCUUGGGUAAUCCUCCAAAGUUCCAGGAGACAAAGUCGAAGAAACUCCCUGCGUCACUCGGGGCCUCUCCGAAUAAUGCCAGGAAGAAGGAAGAGCGAGAAGAGAAGAAGAAGAAACUGAAGGAGGAGAAAAAGAUGCUCAAGGAAGAGAAGAAGAGAAUGAAGAAAGAAACGCGGGAGAAGAAUGGGGAAGUCAAGAGAAAGCCUGGUCGUCAGCCUCUCUCCGAAGAAGAAAGAGAGUUAAGAAAAAAAUUGCUGGACGAAGAAAAGGAACAGAGAAAGAAAAUGCUCAAAGAAAUGAAGGAAGGAAUAAAAGCAGAAAAGAGAGAAGAACUUAAACAGAAGAUGGAGAAAGAGAAAGAGGAGAAGCGAAGAGAAAAGGAAGUGAAGAAAGAACAUAAACGCCUUCAAAGUGAAUACAUAAAGGAAUGGAGGAAGCCCCGAGAUGACUUGGACUGCGAGGAUCAUAAAGACCUCCCGAAACCAACACCUGUGCAGUGCCGCAUACCGGACAGCCUGUUCAGCGAGUUCAUGAUGGUUCUUGAGUUCGUGAAUGUCUUCACAGACUUGCUCGAACUGAAAGAUGUGUAUCCACAGGGUAUAACAUUUGACAUGUUGGAACAUGCUCUUGUUGAAAAAGAGGUAGCAGGUGUGCUGAAUGAUGUGUUUCAGCUGUUGUUGCAAUCCAUUUUCACCCUGCAAGAAGAAGAGGAUGAUGAAGUUGAAGCAGACACAACCACUGAAGAAGUGAUGGAAACAGACACCACAGACAUAACCAUUCAGGAAGCUGUUCGCAUGGCAAAUGUAGCUGCAACUUGGAGUCAGCAGUAUUAUGGUGUCCCCCUUCAAAAAGUUCCACUGGAUGCAUUCACUCUGACAGAGGUUUUACGGUUACACUUGUUGGCCUCGGGAGCUACUAAUGUUGCUAAUGCUCAGUGGAGGAUUUUGAAUCGUGGCGGAUACAAGAGUACUGACGACCCAGGUUUGCUGUUCAAACUCCAAGAACCUGAGAUCCUGAAGUCACUCACCACUCACACCAUCUUUGAUAUCCCAUUAGUUGAUAAGCUAAAGAUACUGAAUGUCCUAAUCGGGCAAAUUUUAACUUACGCCUCUGCAAGAGACAUCAUUGAUGACAACAUUGAGAAGCUUAAGGAAAUGAAGAAUAAAUUGCGUCUUGAUCAGCUGGCUCAAAUCAAAAAGGAGCGGGAGAUAAACGCUGCCAAGUUACAAGAAAAGAGAGAAAGACGCCAGAAAGAAAUUGAGAAACGCAUGAAGGACGCUGAAAAGAAGGCAGCUGCCCAAGCAAUGACAGGUGAGGCUGACAAACCUAUUGAUUUGGAUUUAGAAGAGGAGGAGGAAGAAGAAGAAGAGGAAGACAAAGAAGAGCUUGCUAUCAGAGAAGAAAGGGAGUUGAAGAACAAAGAGCAAAGGCGGCAGGACUUUUUGAGGAAGGAACGGGAUCUUUUGCAGCAGAUCUUGAAUACUGCUAAGGGAGUAAAUAUAGCUCCCUUAGGUCAAGAUAGAGCAUAUCGUCGGUACUGGCUAUUCAAUUCUCUUUCUGGACUCUUCGUUGAGGACAAUGAAAUGAAUCCAGGAUUGUGCCGCCUGACACCAACUCCCUAUAAUCCAGAGUCCAACCCAGAGUUAUCUGAAGCCUUGAAUGAGUUGUUUAGGUCUCAGGCAGAGAAGAAUGUUGUUAAAUUGUCAAAUGGAGAAAAGGAUGAGAAAAAUAAUAGCGAUAAAGAGAAUGACAGCAGUAGUAGUAGUCCAAGUAAACUUGCCAGUACAAAUGUCGGAAACAAAACUUUGCUGAAAGUUCCCAACCAUGUACAAAAUGGUGUUGAUGAGGUUGCUUCAUCCAAAGAAGGUGCAGACUCAGAAGAGAAGAUGGAGGUAGAUGCAAAUGGAGAAGCUGCUGCAGAAGUAGCAAGUGAAAACAGUGUAAAUGAUGAGGAUGAUGAUGAUAGUGACAGCAUCCUGGAAGCUAUAGCAAAAUUAAUGGGUGAUAAUGUGGAGAACAGGGAGAUUCCUGACAUAUAUGGACUUUGCACAGCCAAUGUGAGCAACUGUCCAGUUCACUCUGAAAAGAAGGACCUUCACAGAUGGCAUUUCUAUCACAACUUGGAAGAUGUACAUACUCUUAUUGACAACCUCAACUCACGAGGUUAUAGGGAAAGAGACCUAAAGAGCUCGCUGGAAUGUUACAGAGCCAACAUUGAAAGUUCAAUCAGGUCUUGUCCUGUGUACAAACUUGAUCCUUCUCAGGAACCAGAACUUGAUAUGGUCUCCAGGAAAUCACAGCGCCACUUGACAACAAAGAAGGACACAGAUGUCAACUUGAAUUUCCCACCUGGUACAGCAGUUGACGAAAUCCUUCAGCUGACUCUGCGAGACAUGAUACUAGAAACUGAGGAGAAAAUUUAUAUGGGCAUGUUGGGCUCUCUUAGAACUGAAAAUCGUGAAGCCUGGAGAGAGGCUAUUGAAAAAGGAGGAUUCUUGCGAGAAACAGAUGUCGACUUUGGUGGUCGAAAGAGAAUAGCACAAAUGAAGGCUGACUUUGGUUUGAAAAUAGAGGAGGAACCUGAGGUAGAUACUGAGGAGUUACCAGAUGAAGGCACAAAAGCAGCUGUGGUGAGAGAUCUUGCUCAUGCCAUUUUGCUGGUUGGUCAAUCAGUUGAUGCAAAGUACCUUACUCAACCACUUGGUGAGACUGAAAAAUUGAGAAAGAAAAGAGAGAGAUUAGAGCAAAAGCUUAGGCGAAAAGCAGCGGAAAAAGCCAGUGAUGAUGAAGGCUCCGAUCAUGAUUCUGACGAGGAGGAGGAGGAUGGAAAGAAGACAAGUAAUGACAUGGACAUUUCUGAUAAUGCUUUGAGGACUCCCAUGGAGAGAUGGGAAAAAUCGUUAAUGGCCAGCACAAAUCUAUCUCAGUUAUGUUUACACUACGCCACUUUAGACAACUCUAUAACAUGGUCACGCUCUGCGCUGAAUGCCAGGUGUCGUAUUUGCCGCAGAAAAGCUGAUGCAGAAAACAUGCUUCUUUGUGAUGGUUGCGACAAAGGUCAUCAUAUUUAUUGCCUGAAACCUAAAUUAAAGAGUAUACCAUCCGGAGACUGGUUUUGUGAUAAAUGUAAACCCAAAGAAAAACCGAAGAGCCCGCGUAAGAAGAAUAGACAGAUGUAUACCGAAGAAUCAGAUGAAGAGGGUGAAAAAGAAUAUAAUUCAUCUUCAGACGAAGAGGAGCAGGAAUUGGAAAAUCACAAUACAUGCUAUGAAUGUGGGAGGUCUGGGACUCUUAUUUGCUGUGAUACAUGCCCAUUAUCUUUCCACUUGGAUUGUGCACUUUUGCGCAAGGUUCCACGUGGCUCCUGGUCCUGUCGACAGUGUCGGUCCCCAGACGUGAAAGAAAGCCAAGCAGAUAAGAAAAAAGCCAAAGAAAAAGAUAAAAAUAAGGAGAACCAGAAAGUCAAGGAUUCUAAUAAAGAAAAUAAAGAGAAGAGUGGAAAGAACAGUAAAAAAGAAAGUUCAAAGAAAGGCGUACCCAAAGAGAAAAACACCAAUAAGAGUUCUCCUACUGACAGAAAGAGGAGAAGUGAUGUCGAUUCUAGUGAGCAGGCAGCAAAGAAACUUCGCUUGAGAGAAAAUGAAGAAGAGAACACAACACCAAAGCGAACUCGUAGGUCUUUGGUGGAUGAAGGUUGCGAGUUGAAUACUCCAGCACUCGAAACCAUAUUAGAAGAACUGCUAAAGCACUCUCAUAGCUGGCCGUUCGUGAAACCCGUAUCUAAAAAAGAAGCUCCUGACUACUAUGACAUUGUGAAGAAACCCAUGGAUUUCCGCAAAAUCCACGGCAAACUCUUUGACAUGAAGUACCUGAAGGAUGAGGAGUUCAUCGCUGAUGUGAUGUUAGUAUUCCAGAACUGCCAACAGUACAACAUGGAGGACACAGAUGAAUACAAAGCAGGAAAGAUUUUGUCAAAGUACUUCCUGAAACGUGUCCAUGAGCUUGGGCUUAAUUAUCAGGGAGAGAGGAAGCAACCAGCUAAAAAGAAAAAGGUCUGAAAACCUGGUCUUGUAUUUUGCAUUUACAGAACAUAGUUUAAAAUUAAUUGUACAUAAAGCACAUUAUUUGUUUCCAACAUAAGGGUUAACCAGAAAUGGAAUACCCUGGUAUUUUCCUAAUAAUGAAAAGUACUGUAUAGUUUUCUGGUUAUAUGCAGUCAAAAUAUAGAUUGUAUGGUAAAUUUUUUCUUUUGUUGAAGCUACAGAGUUUUGCAGAUUUUAAUGCAGAACUUUUUAUGGAAAGGAGGGAAGAUAAAAUGUAGCAUUUGAAUACAGUUUAAUUACACAACCUCAGGGUUUUAACUUUUUUUUUUUUUUUAUUACAUUUUGUUGUAAAAUACUUUCAGAUCAAAAUUUUAGACUUAGUACCUUUGUUUGCACUACUCCAAAUAAAUUUCCUUGGCUCCAAAUAAAUUUCCUUGGCAUUUUGAUCAAAGAACACCAGGAAAUGUCUCUUCUCUACAGUGAAAUGUCAUUAUCCUUGACAGGAAUCUUAAGGGAAAUUACAUAGAACAAGUAGGAUGUGUGUAACUUAAAAAAUAAGUAAAUUCCAAAUAUCCUUUUGCCAAACCUUUCCAUACUUUAACCACGUUGUUUGGUGGUGCUUUCCUGAAAUUAUCUUUCGAUACACGACCCAAAUAUGUACAAUACUAUACAUGAGGUUUGGCACCUGGUUUUUAGACUUUACCUAGCCUGUUAUAUGGUUUGAUUUCCAACCAAUUGGCUGAAAUUUAUUGAUUUUUUUUUCCACUUUCUAGAUGUUUUCUAGUUUUUCAAAGAUAUCAGUGGUGAACCUCUCCAGGUUUUGAUAUUGCCAUUUCUGAACCUAAAAAUAUGUAAUUUGAAAAUCACAUUUUAUAUAUUUAUUUUUUAAAAGUAUUCGUAUAUUAUCUGAUAAUAAACAACCUUUGUACAAA